GCUUCCACGGAGGUCUGGUGUAGGCCUCUGUGAAUCCUGAACUCGAGUAGGGCCCAAGCCAGCCAGGAAGGAGGAGGCAGCCAGAGAGGCCUCCACUGUUCUCUGCAGCAGAAGACCCCCUGCUGCCAGGAGAGCAGCUGUCUAUGACCAGCCAGCAUAUGGAGACCCUGGGUCAAUACAAGAUCACUGUCUGGGAGGAAGAAAACUUCCAGGGGAAGCGAUGUGAGUUCCUGAUGGAAUGUCCCAGCAUCAUGGAACGUGGCUUCCGCAAGAUCCGCUCCAUCAAAGUGGAAAGUGGCCCCUGGGUGGGGUUUGAGUAUCCUGAAUACCAGGGACAGCAAUUUAUCUUGGAGAAAGGUGACUAUCCUCGCUGGGAAGCCUGGAGUGGGAACAGUGGCUACAGGACUGAGCACCUGCUCUCUUUUCGGACCAUCAAGUGUGCUAACCACAGUGACAGCAAAGUGAGCUUGUAUGAGGCAGAGAACUUCCAAGGACGCAAGUUUGAGCUCAGCGAUGACUACCCGUCCCUGCAGGCCAUGGGCUGGGGCAACAAGGAGGUAGCCUCCAUCAAGGUCAACGCUGGAGCGUGGGUGGCAUAUCAAUACCCAGGCUACCGGGGCUACCAGUAUGUUCUAGAGCGGGACAAACAGAAUGGCGAAUACAAGAAGUACAGCGAAUACAGCACCCAGGCCCAUACCAACCAGAUCCAAUCCAUCCGCCGUGUCCAGCACUGAGCCGCGUGUUAGCAGCAGCCGCACCGGCCCCUCCCACAGCCCACACCUGCCUCUGUGCCCCCAGGGCCCACCCAGCAGCCAAUAAAGGCAUUUACCAAACCCA